GAUGAAUUCUUAUUUUUUCCGAUGUCCUCUUCGAGUACCAAGCAGAGGCGAAAAACUGGAGUUGACCACGCAGUUCACGUAGUUGAUCCCCUCACUCAACUAGCCGAUGUUCGAAGCUUUGAAAGGUUUAUUCGUCAAAAGUCUAUAGCAAUGAAGCGCCUAAGACGUUGGAAUUGGUUGAUACUAUUACCUCUCUUUAUUAACCUAUUCUAUUGGACGUACAAGUUGAUAUACUGCGUUUUCAAGUUUCCAAAGGAACGUGUCUCCCUUAUGCUCCAUUUUUGGACUUGGUUGUUAUUUGGUGCAUUGCCUGUUUCCUUGCUUAUGGCUUCGGGUGUAUAUCGUGGAACUGUGACAGAGCCAAGAUUGUAUGUCUCUCGACUGAAUCGAGUACUUUCCCAAUUUUAUAUUGCCUAUGCUGAGGAUCUUGGUCGAUUACUUCGAACUGAAAGAGGUGGUUAUGGAAAUGGUUGAUUCUUGUGGACUUGUAGUUUUGACUUGUACAGAAACAAAACACGUAACAUGUUCCCAUAGAAUAAUAGAUUGCUUGUUCAUCAUUGGACAAAGUGUGUGAGAUUUCAGUUUUGGCCAUCACUUUGGUAGACUAUGUUUCCAGUGAAUAUAGUAAAGACCAAGAAUAUGAUUUACAACCCUUUAGGUCAUAGUGGGUUGUUAGUU